CAUGCCCAUCACCAUCAUUAUUUUUCUCUCUCUCUCAGCCACAGCAUAUUUUUACCGACGGAAGGUAAAGGGGGUUGGCAAUAUGAUUAAAAGGGAGUCAUGGGAGCUUCACAGUGCUUGCUCUGCAGCUACAAUCAUUGUCCACAAUACUUGCAGAAUUCUUCAGAAUGGGUCGACGUCUGAUCCUCAGGUUCGAGCGAUCCCGUCCAGACAAGCAUUAAAAGUGAUAAGAAUUUCUACUAGAGUGAUUAGUGCUCUGCAUAUAUGGUGAAUUGGUGAUGCAAUGCACGCUUAAAUAAAUUAUGAAUUGAGACUGAAGUGAGGUGUAUGCAAUAAAUCAUCAUCUCCAAAAUAAAGUUCAGAAUUGUUUCUAGAAAUGACCGUCAAUGAAGGGAAUAGACAAACCAAAGGAUAAGAUUAUGUAUCCAGUAUCUUUUGUGAGGCGCUUCUCAUACAGAGACAUAAAGAGGGCAACUGGUGAUUUCUGCAGAAUUAUUGAGAGCUGUUCUCAAGGCGGUGCUUAUAAAGCCAGCUUUCAGGAUGGCACUGUUGCUGUGGUGAAAGAAGUAAGAGCAUUAAGUCAAGGAGAGGAUGUCUUUCAUAGGGAGGUGCAACUACUGGCACAGCUGCAUCAUCGCCACCUUGUUGCACUUCAGGGGUUUUCCUUGGGGCAUAAAAGGUUCCUUGUGUUUGAAAAGACAGAAAAUGGAAGCCUGAAGGAACAUCUUAGUGAUCCUCUUAAAACUCCCUUGAAUUGGAGGACGAGGCUACAAAUAGCCAUUGGGGUAGCAGCUGCACUGGAAUAUUUGCAUUUCUUCUGUGACCCACCGAUAUAUCACGUCUCCAUCAGUUCAAACAAUAUAAUGCUAGAUGAGAACUUUGCUGCCAAGCUGUCUGAUGUUGGCCUUCUUAGUUCUGAUGGAAAUCGUGGCACCUCACUGCAUUCUUCAUGUUCAGAAGAUUGUAUGGGUCAGAAAUGUGGGAACACAAUGUUCCAGCUUGGUGUACUAAUCCUUGAACUAGUAACUGGCCAAUCAUCCGAGAAAGGAGGUACUGAUAUAAUCCAGUGGGUUCAAGAAUCUUGCUUUGGCAUAACCAUUGAUAACAUGAUCGACCCAGAUCUUGGAAAUAAUUAUGAUCCUGGGGAGCUUAGGAGUCUAUUAGCUGUAGCAAGAUUCUGUUUAAAAUCUAGGGAUAAGCCAACAUAUUCUGUUUCACAUAUACUUCGGUAUCUCCAGAAAAAACUAGACAGUUCAUGUAAUGCUUUCUGAGCAAUUGCUUUUUUUGUCCAAGGGAUUGUGCAAAUAAAAAAAAAUUUAAAACAAUAAUUCUAGUGCUAAAAAGAUUAAAUGAAAUGAAACCAAACUUUUCAGCUAAA